AUGGCCACACCAGCAUACCCACCCGGUGGUACCUACUUCGACAAUGCUAAGCGAUCUUUCACCUCCGUCCCGAUCAAUGCCAGCAAGGACAAUGCCAUAUCCACCACCGAGUUCCUUGAAGCCGCCGAGUCGCUAACUGGCCUGUUCGACGUCUUGGGUAGUGCAGCGUUCCUGCCGGUGAAGAAGGACAUGACUGGCAACAUCACGAAGGUACGGACACGACAACUAGAAGCCCCGCUGCAGUCCGAGACAUUACAGGAGCUCUGCUUGAACGAGUUGAAGGCGAAGAAGCAUGUCGCAAGCGAAGGUCUUGUCUGGCUCGUGCGUGGUCUCGAAUUCACCUCCCAGGCUCUACGUCGCAAUCUCACAAACUCAAGUGAGGAGCUCUCCGUCUCCUUUCGCGACGCCUACGGCAAGACCCUAAAGCAACACCACUCCUUCCUCAUCAAACCUCUCUUCUCCGCCGCCAUGAGCGCCUGCCCCUACCGAAAGGACUUUUACAGUAAACUUGGGGAUGACCAGCCGAGAGUGCAGAAGGAAUUAGACGUAUGGCUGACUGCUCUGGAGGAGAGGUUGAAGAUCUUGAAUGUUUUUCUAUCGAGCAAGGAGGUGAAAUGGUAG